UCUGGUGAAAAUAAAAAAAUAACAAUGCGAAUUGUUGUUCGUACAAUCGCGUGUUACUUUUUAUAAGCGGUUAUUGUAACAAGAAAUGCAUUAGUGUCGAUAGCACCUGUUUAAACAAAAUCAUGUUAAAGUACGUAUUUAUCUGCUUCGUUGGAUACGCAUCGGCUUCACGGCCUCAUGGAUUCUCCGGGACACUCGUCGAUUUUACAGAUCCAAAGGUACAAGGUCACCUAGACGCGCUUGUCCGUAUGGCACAAUCGUGCGUGAUCAAAGUGCGAGCAACGCCGAAGGACGUUAGGGCUUACUUCACCAAUUCAUCACCCAUCACCAGGUCGGGGCAAUGCUUUGCUGCGUGCAUGCUUGAACAGAGCGACGUUAUUAAUCAUGGAAAGGUAAACCGCGACCUGCUCAUCCAUCUAGCCAGUCUAGUAAACGGCAAGAAUUCCCGCGUAGUCCGCAAGCUACACAGCAUAUCCCGCCUUUGCCUGGACAGCAUCGAGGGCAUGUCCGACAGAUGUCAGCUCGCAUCCACCUACAACGACUGUCUGAAUGAGAACAUGAUUGAAUUUGCCUUCCCGCUAGACCUCGCGGAGGAGGCGGUGAGGAAAAUGCCGUUCCAUUUGAUACAACCGAAUUUACCACAAGAACUAAGGCAGACGUCGUUUUAAAGCUACUAUUUAAGUUUGUAUUUUUCUACAAAUUAAAUUAUUCGUAACGA